AUGGAACGCACGGAGAACGCGGCCUGCAGGUGCACGAAGACGAAGAUAAGUUUGAAAGCGAAGCCGGAGAAAAAGCCGGCUUUCAAGCAGAGCCGACGAGUCCCGUUUGCGGUACAGUCGUCCGUAGAAGCUGAACUAGAAAGACUACAGACAAAGGGCAUAAUCUAUCCUACCAAUCAUUCAGCCUGGGCUGCUCUAGUCAUGGCGGUGAAGAAGCCCAACGUACAAAUACGACUAUGCGCGGAUUAUUCAACGGGCUUGGACGACGCACUAGAAGAUUAUCAUUACCCGCUGCCAACCUUAGAGCAGAUUUUCGCUACUCUAAAUGGAGGGCAAGUCAUUGCGAGGAUCGAUCUAUCCGAAGCUUACUUGCGAAUUGAGGUGGACGAGAAAUCGCAGGAACCUUUGACCAUUAAUACGCACAAGGGUCUCUUCAGAUACACUCGUCUAAACUACGGCGCGAAAACAGCAACUAGUGUGUUCCAGCAGAUCAUGGAUGCGAUGCUUACGAAUGUUCCCAGGACUGUUACAUAUCUGGACGAUAUUUUGUUUGUCGGUAGCUCAGAGGAAGAGCUGACCCAAAGGCUGGACGAGGUUGUGGGCAAUCUGAUCGACUACGGCCUUAAGAUCAAUAAGGAGAAAAGUGAAUUUUUGCGACGGAGGUCCACUAUCUCGGAUUCAUAG